AUGGACAAUAACAAGGAGCUUGGACCUGUAUCGCCGAACGGUGUUGGUACUCUGCCUGUGCCGACAGCCCAGAAUGCGCUUACAACAUCCUUUUCUCUGCCUCCAACCACUUCCUAUUAUACCUCGCUACCGUCCAAUGUCUUAGCCUACAUAACCGCCCGAAAUUCCAAAGCCCGUGCUGAAGCCCGCUCGCAACUAUCACCCGAAGUUAUCUGGACGCUCCAUCUUGGUUUUGCAGGAGCACUUGGAGGAUUUAUGACCGGCUUUUAUCUUGGUGGACGACAGAGAUCAUAUCAAUUCCUGGCGGAGAAUGCUCACCGAAUGCCCAAAACCGUGGCAGGAUGGUAUUACUAUCACAAGUACAAGAAUUAUGAGAUUGCCCAUUUUGGCUUCAAAUCUGGGUUCAAAUAUGCUGGUCGGUUUGGGGCGAUAUCCGCUGGAUUUGGAGCAUCAGAAGCCCUUUUGGAGGCGCUGACGGGGAGGGAAAGCUGGGUCAACACCGUUGGAGCGGGUCUUGCGGCCUCCAUAGCAUUCUCGGCUGCAAGUCGGCUAACAUAUCAAUACGCCAAGUACGCCGUGCUAUUUGGGCUGUGCUCAUCUUUUGCGGUUGGCAUGCUGGAAGACACGUAUGCAUAUCUUUAUGGUCGAUCGGUCAAGUAUGAUCGCCAUGAAACGGUACGGAAGGGUUGGGUCCUUUCGCCCGCGAUUAAAAUGGCGCACCGUAGUGCUUGCUCUGGCCUCCUCCUCAUCGACAAAGCAUUUCAAGAGACAAAACGUCAACUCAUGCUCGUACGAAGAAAUGAUGAAAAAGGCGUUCCAAAUGUAAAGAAAAAAGGCGAGCAACAAAGAAAAAGUAGGCAGUAUUUAUACCCCCCGCAAGUGGCGCAGGUCAUUCCUGCGCCAUGGCAACGCGUUUCGACUGAAUUUUGUUUUCGAACCAGCCCGCCAGUGAACAGGCGACAAGGUAACUGGGCUCGCUUCUUCUUGCUUCCCACACUCUACAACUGCAAUAUCUUCCCAUCCACCGAGAAGGUCGCAGCAAAGAUGCCCAAGCAGAUAAAGGAGAUCAAGGACUUCCUUAUGACCGCCAGGCGUAAGGAUGCCAAGUCCGUUAAGAUUAAGAAGAACGCCAACCAGGUCAAGUUCAAGGUGCGCUGCUCAAAGUACCUGUACACGCUCGUCGUCGCUGAUGCGGAGAAGGCCGAGAAGUUGAAGCAGUCCUUGCCCCCGGGUUUGGAGGUUAAGAACAUUUAAAUGUUUAGAUAGCCCGUUUCCCGACUUCAAUAAAUACUUCUUGUGCCGCUUAUAUUGUGGUUCACCUGGAUACAUUUCUGCUGUUUAAAACUGGAAGGAGUAAAAUGCGACAAUCUGGACAAGAGCACUAUGCCGUAUUCAUCAGAGUAGAGUCAAGGGAUUUGUUGGCCUACUUUAUACAAUUACACCGGGAUAUACCAUCGCCAUA